AUGCGUCUUGCCAAUGAGAUGCUACACAACAAUGGCCAUGGAUACACUGGCUGCAACAAUGCGCAGGAAUGUAGCUGGGGUCAAGUUCGGGUUGCCGAUUUCAUGAUCACUAUGCAGUGGAUGUUGGAGAACCACCCAUCCGACGAAGAUCAGAUACUCUGGGCCAGCAUGGCGAUGCUACAAGAUCUGAGCCAAUUCAAAUGGGAGGAGUGGUACGAGGAUGGCGUCUACCAGAAGAUUGUUACGGAACCAUCGCCCGAUAACCCAAUGUUUCCGUUCCUACAUGGUGUCAAUGUCGGACAAGUCCUGCACCGGUUUAUGCACAAUGACACCUUGCUCCAGAGCGCCAAAAAUGCCGUCGAAGGGACCUUCAAGUAUUAUGGAUCACCGUCAGGCUCGGUCUUGGCAGACGAGAUCAUGCGCGACAACAAGCCCUGGAUGGGAAGUGAGCUGUGCACCGCAGUAGAGACAGGUUUCUCCCUGUCGUACCUCUACCAAGCUACUGGUGAAAACUUAUAUGCCGACAUGGCUGAGCGAACUUACUUCAACGCCUUGCCGGUUCAGACGUCCGGCGAUUCGUGGGGGCACCAGUACAUGGACCAACCAAACCAACCGUUCGCGACCUAUGACCACCGGUGGGCAGAUGCCAAGCUCUUCACGACAGCGAACUCGGGGAUGGCGACCGUCUGCCUGCUUAGCCCACCUGACGGUCUCGAGCCAGUGUACCCCUGCUGCACGGUUAACUUCCCCCAAGGCCUCCCCAAAUCCCUCACCCGCAGCUGGGCCACCGCGGGCAGCGAUGGCAUUGCCCACAUGCUACUUGGCCCAUCUCGAGUGACCACGAACAUCGACGGCAAAGCGGUGACGAUUCACUCCGUGACAAACUACCCAUUUCACCACACGCUAAACUACGACAUCCAAGCGGAUGUCGGGUUCGUCCUCCACGUACGAAUCCCCCAAUGGCACAUCCAGGCGGACUCGACCGUGCGCAUCAACGACGGCGCCCCGAAUCCCCUGCACUCCGACCCCUUUACCGGAAUGCACCAAAUCCCCAUCCAGCCCGGCCGCACCCAGAUCAACAUCACCAUCGGCGCCGAGCCGCGCGUGGAAUGGCGCAAGCCCACCGCCGUCUCGGUAUACAUCGGCAACCUGCUCUACGCCCUCGACGUCGGGUCGACUAACAGUACCACGCAGCCGCACCCAUACGGCACCGCCGGCGGCCCCGGCAUGAACUACCUGCCCUUCCCACAGGCGCGCGACUUCUACUACGCCAACACGAUGGCGUGGAACGUGGCCAUCGACCCGGCCACGCUGGUGUACCGCGGCCUCGACCCACCCGACCUCGUCCUCGACGACCUCGUGUUUUCGUACUAUGGCGCCGUGACGAGCAUCGAGGUGCAGGGCUGCGAGAUCGAGUGGCCGCUGCUGGCAGGACUGACCCCAGGUGAGGUGCCGGAGAGCCCGAAGUGCACGUCGGAGAGGAGGACGUUUGUGUUGAAGCCGUAUGGGGCGCUGAAGGUGCAUAUGUCGGAGUUGCCUAUUGUGCAUUUUGGUGCAGGGGCUUGA